AUGGGUGACCAAACAAAGACGUGUACUGGAGAUGGCAACAGCACUACUGGUGCAUUUGAUAGAUUACCUCCAACUUGUGAGCCCAUAACAUGCCUCGCUGUGCUCUUCCCGAACAACGGCAGUAUUGACUUUGGUGGAGCUUCACCUGAUGAAAACAGCACAUAUGCGUUUAAUGCGGUUGCUAACUACAACUGCGACACUGGGUUUUCUCUGGUUGGUGACCAAACAAGGACGUGUACUGGAGAUGGCAACAGCACUACUGGUGCUUUUGAUAGAUUACCUCCAACUUGUGAACCCAUAACAUGCCCCGCUCUGAUCUUCCCAAACAAUGGCAGUAUUGACUUUGGUGUAGCCUCACCUGAUGAAAACAGUACCUAUGCUUUUAAUGCGGUUGCUAACUACAACUGUUACACUGGGUUUUCUCUGGUUGGUGACCAAACAAGGACUUGUACUGGAGAUGGCAACAGCACUACUGGUGCUUUUGAUAGAUUACCUCCAACUUGUGAACGUAAGUGUAUACUUUUGUUUUGA